AUGGACUGCACGCCGGCAUGCCGUAGGGUGCCCCACCGCUACAACUUCUUCGCCGCCGAGUCCAAUGAGCCCGUGGAUGUGAGAGGGCCCUUUGAGGAGCUUCCGGAACAACUGACGCCUGCUGCCCUGCGCGAGGCAAUAGACGUUCAGUUGGAGACUCUUCAGGCGAUUGACAGGACGGAGCGAGCCAUGAACGCGGCGGCAAACCUCGGUGAGGAGAGCAAACAACAACUUGGCCGGGACAAGGCGAUUGUUGAGGUCAUUGACAGCACAUUGGAGAGGAACGAGUCCGUGCUGCACCGAGUGAGACGGGAUAUGCACUGGUUUCGAGUGCAUUUACAGAAGGACAAGCUGUUCGUAGGCCUAUUUGCCAUUGUGGUUUUACUAUCUGCGGCUGCUAUUGUAGUGUCUAUUGUAUACAAGCGGCGAGGCUAG